AUGAUGUCUUCUCUGCUCAGGUGGUUCUGGAAGAACUACCAAUAUGUAUUGGCUUUUCUCUUUGCCAUUGAGGAGAUUAACAAGAGCCCCCACCUGCUCCCCAACCUUUCCCUGGGCUCUGAUCUCUACAACGCCUUUCCCACUCAACAAAGGACCUUGGAGAGUGCUGUGAUCUUACUCUCAGGAGGGAGUCAGCCUCUCCCCAACUACAACUGCAACAGAAAGAAGCAGCCUAUUGCUGUCUUCUCAGGAAUCACGUCAGCAUUUUCAGCUGAGCUUGGAAGCCUUCUAGAGCUCUACAAAAGCCCGCAGAGUCAUGAGAACACCAGAGACAGUGUGGAAGGACGGUGGGAAAUGAUGGAGAGUGAGGGGAAGAACUGCAAUUUUGGCUGGACAUGGGUAGCACUCUUCGUACCUGAUGAUACAAAAGGGGAGCAGUUCCUUCAGGAUCUAAAAGCACAGAUGCUUAGACAAGAUAUCUGUGUGGCCUUCACAGAGAAGCUCCCUGUGACUACAGGCUUCAGUAACAGACUUUUCUUAUUCCAUGGAAGCCUUUCAUUUUCAUACCAGAAGAGGGAAAUCCCUGGCUUCCAACAAUUCCUCAAGACACUUAACCCAUACCAAUACCCAGAAGAUCUUUACUUUACUCAAUUCUGGUUACUCAAUUUCAAUUGCACAGUUCAUGGAUCACAUUGCCUAGAAAUUAGAGUCUGCCCAUCAAAUUCUUCCUUAGAGUUUAUGGAAGACAAGACUGACAUGCUGUCCCUGUCUGACUCCAGCUAUUUGAUCUACAACGCUGUGUAUGCUGUGGCCCAAGUCGUCCAUAAGAUUCUUUUGGAGAAAAGAGACAUGGAAUGUCCAGGUGGUACGGAGCAGCCUGUGCUUCUUCCCUGGCAGCUCCACUCCUUUCUGAGGAAAACUGCAUUUACAAACAGCGCUGGGGACAAUGUGUCUUUUGGUGACAGUGAACAUUAUAUAGCCCAGUAUGAUAUCCAGAACCUGGUGAAGUUUCCUAAUGACAGUUGGAUGCUGGUUAAAGUAGGAGAGUUUGUCUCCAAGAGUCCACAUGAUCGAGAUUUGGUCAUCGAUAAAGAGAUGCUGAAAUGGCCUGAUGUAUUCCAAGAGACUCCUCCAUCCGUGUGUACCCAGAGCUGCGCUCCUGGAUUCAGGAAAAUUGCACAAGAAGGAAGACCCACCUGCUGCUUCCUUUGUGUUUCUUGCCCUGAGAGAGAGAUUUCCAACUGGACAGAUGCACAGCAGUGUUUCCCAUGCCUACCUGAACAGUACCCAAACAGUGAGAGAACUCAUUGCCUCCCUAAGCCUGUCACUUUCCUGGGCUUUGAGGAUUCUCUGGGAAUGGCUCUGGCCUGCACAGCCCUCUGCUUCUCUGUGGUCACAACUGUGGUUUUGGGCUUGUUUGUGAAGCACCGAGACACUCCCAUCGUCAAGGCCAAUAACCGGGCUCUCAGCUUCACCCUGCUCAUCUCCCUCCUGCUCUGCUUCCUCUGCUCCUUGCUCUUCAUUGGCCGCCCCAACACAGCCACCUGUGUCCUCAGACAGGUCACAUUUGGGCUGGUGUUCACUGUGGCUGUUUCCACCAUUUUGGCCAAAACCAUGACUGUGAUUCUGGCAUUCAAGGCCACGAUGCCCAGAAGAAUACUGAGAUACUUGCUGCUGUCAGGGGCCUCUAACGCUGUAAUUCCCAUCUGCUCCCUGAUCCAAGUGAUUAUCUGUGCAAUCUGGCUGGGAUCCUCUCCCCCUUUCGUUGACACAGACUCACACUCUGAGCCCAGAAGCCUCAUCAUCGUGUGCAACAAGGGCUCAGUCACUGCCUUCUACUGUGUCCUGGGCUACCUGGGCUCCUUGGCCCUGGGGAGCUUCACGGUGGCCUUCCUGGCCAGGAACCUGCCUGACACGUUCAAUGAGGCCAGGUUCCUCACAUUCAGCAUGCUGCUGUUCUGCAGUGUCUGGGUCACCUUCCUGCCCGUCUACCACAGCACCAAGGGGAAGGUCAUGGUGGCCGUGGAGGUCUUCUCCAUCUUGGUCUCCAGUGCAGGGCUCCUGGGCUGCAUCUUUGCCCCCAAGUGCUACACCAUUCUCCUAGGACCUGAUAAAAACUCCUUGAAAGGUUUAAAGAGCAGAAAAUUUCCAGAGUAA